GCCCUCCCGGUCACUUUAUCUCCUUGCCCGAAAUCCCCCUAUAAAUACAUUUCUCUCUCCUCUCUCUUCUAGUUCCCUCUAUCCCUCGCGUUCCAGUUCUGGAAUACAAUUCUUGCCGAUCUCGCCGAGCGUCUGACGUCGUCGCCGAUCCUCGUUCUGUUGACUGCUUCUAGAAAAAUUUGAGCUCUUGUAAUGGCUGAUAAUGGGGAGGGGGAGGAAACUACCUCCCGUGGGAAUGAAUGGGAAGUUGUUUCGCUUACAGCAUCAGCAUAUGCUGCUGCUCCUAAUCCCGAACAAGUUGAAUUGAAUGAUAAUGGCAAAGAAAGUAUGGCUGAGAAUAAUGAAGGUGAAACUUCACGGGCAAUGUUCAUGUCUAGUCAUUUUGUCUUUCCACCAAGUCAACAUGAGAAUUUGCCUCUGGAACCUGAAAAUAUUGAGAUCCACAGCAUACAGGGAAUAGAAGAUGAUGGUGCUAAAUUGGGUAGUGAAGAAGAGGGGAUAUCAGAUACAAAAGAUGAACAGAACUGGGGGAUUAAUAAAGGAUUGGCUAUGGCAGAUGACUUCCCUGGGAUUCAGUUUUUUGAUGAAAAGGUUAGUUUAUCCAUUCAUGGAACUGAGUUAGACAAAGAAACGGCUUUGCAAAGGCUAAAUUUGCUUGAGAAAGAGCAGAGUAUGUAUAGUGCUCCCAAAUUUUCUGCUUUCAGCAAUGAAACGCCAAUGGAUGAAUCAGCUGCAUAUGAUGAGAACAAGAUCAUUCCUGGGCAAAUUGAACCCUCUGAAGGGGGUUUAGAUUCAGACAUCUCAAAGUUGCCAAAGCCUGCAAAGGAAGACACACGUGACAGCUCAGAACUUCCUUGUGGAGCUUGGUGGAAAAGGCAAGCUGCUUCUCUGUAUGCUCAGGCAAAGGAGGCAAAUGCGUUUUGGUCCAUUUUUGUUGCUGCAGCUGUAAUGGGUCUUGUAAUUUUGGGGCAGCGUUGGCAGCAAGAAAGGUGGAGAACUUUACAGCUUAAUUGGCAGAUUAGCACUAAUGAUGAGAAGAUGGGCAGGAUUCUGGGUCCCAUAUCUCGUUUCAAAGAGGUGUUUGUGGGUGGAAACCGAAGGGGUUCGUUUAUCAGGGGCAGCUCAUCUACUGAUCGUUAAGAUGAUGAUGACAUAAAUGUGUUUCAAACAGGUGAUCGUUGGUGGAGCCAUAGGAGUUUCUUUAUCGGGGGCAGCUCAUUAACUGAGGAGCGUUAAGAUGAUGAUGAAAAUAUGUUUGUCAGAAAGAGACGAAGUUAAAGAUGUGUCUAAUGUGAUAAUUUGCUAGUUUGCUUUGAAGUGCAAUUGACUUAUUUUUCUUGUGAUGAA